CUUUAUUAAUAAAUAAUGAAGCAGUCAGCUCAUAAGUCAGACACAGACAGCGUUUUCUGCUUGCUGUCCUCCGGAGAACAGCAUCCGACUUCCACAAACAGGCUUCUGGGACCAGAACACAACAUUUCCAGAGACUCCCUGGCCUUCUCUCCACUCAGGAUUUAGUUUCAGGAUUGGUUUCUUUUUGAGUCUAAUCGUGUGAAGAACCUCACCAAUCAUGAAUCCUGAAUAUGAUUACCUGUUCAAGCUUCUCCUCAUCGGUGACUCUGGAGUCGGAAAGUCGUGCCUGCUGCUGCGCUUUGCAGAUGACACCUACACUGAGAGCUACAUUUCCACCAUUGGGGUUGACUUCAAAAUCAGGACCAUCGACAUGGAUGGGAAGACUGUGAAGCUGCAGAUUUGGGACACUGCAGGUCAAGAGAGGUUUCGAACAAUCACCUCCAGCUACUACAGAGGAGCACACGGCAUCAUCAUUGUUUACGAUGUAACCGAACAGGCGUCCUUCAACAAUGUGAAGCAGUGGCUGGACGAAAUAGAUCGGUACGCCUGCGAGAACGUCUCCAGGCUGCUGGUGGGAAACAAAUCGGACCUGGUCAGUAAGAAAGUGGUGGAUGCUGCUACAGCUCAGGAUCUGGCCUCUUCUCUGAAGAUCCCCUUUCUAGAAACCAGCGCCAAGUGUGCAGACAACGUGGAGAAGGCCUUCCUUACCAUGGGUGCCGAGAUCCACAAGCGGCUCGCCAGGGAGGGAGGCGGCAUGCCGGGGGACUCCACACAGGCCAGAGGUCAGACCACUAAGAUCAACAGCGCCCCCGUCUGGCUCGGUGGGGACAAACAGACACAGGAGGCCAAUAACUGCUGCUGAGGAUCAAUUAGAUUAACUAAUUUCCAGAUUGUACCAGAUGCAAUUGUUGUUAUAUUUUCUGUUAAAAUCAACACCUGGAGCUGUUUGAUUAGAAAAUAUGUUUUGAACAUUAUUUAUUGUAACAAAAUGGUAUUAAUAAAAGUAAAGAUAAAUAAACAAUGACGCUUUAAUUGUAAUGAUAAUACCUGCAACAAGUUAAACUGAAAAUCUAUUGUAGAAAGCAAUUACUAAUAAAAAUUAAUGCUUUAAAAAAUUGGAAAGUGAUUGAAGUUUUU